UGGAAUCUGAGCAGAGUGCUUUAUGCUGCUCUGAGAAGAAAAAAGUUUCACUUCACUCAUACGUUUCAGUGAGCGCUCGUGCGUUCAACUCGGCUGAUGCAUUCACCUUGGCACAAUCCAUAGACUUGCUGCUCGCUUUCACCUUACUUCACAGUUUUCCCGCACUACUACAACAACAUACCUAGGCUGGCUGGCCAUUAUGGGUCUGAUGGAAGAAAUCACCGCGCAAAGCUCUCCUGCUACAUCGAAACAAGUCGCAACUUCAGCAGAAGAGGAAGCACAAGGACGAGAAGAUGAGACUCUCUCACACCAUCACCACCACGAUCACCAACAGCCUCAAGAAAGUAGUUGGAAAAAAAUCUGGUCCGAACUGCACCACACCUUCACAACCCGCGACGGCCUCAUCGGCACCUACGACUACGCCUACCUCUUCACGCCAGACAUAUGGCCUUUCAACCGCAAAUACCACCACGAAUCCGAAAAAGAAGGAGAAGAAGAAGCUCACCAGCAGCAGCAGCAGCAGCACAUCCCACCCUUCUUCUACCCCAACGACAAAAUCCCUCUCCUCCUCAUCCUCAUCCUCGGUCUGCAACACGCUCUAACGAUGAUUUCGGGCAUCGUAACGCCCAUCCUCGCCAUCGCACGAGGAGCAUUCUAUCUCGACGUGCAAUCGACCGAGUAUCUCAUUUCCGCCGGCUUCAUCGUCAGUGGAAUAGCGACAUUCUUGCAGAUUACGAGGUCGAGAUUGGGGAAUUCGAAAUGGUAUCUCGGUUCCGGGUUGUUGAGUGUGGUCGGGCCGACGUUUGAUAUUAUUCCUGUUGCGCUCAAAUAUACGCAGAGGUUGUAUGAGACGGGAAAGUGUCCUAGUACUACUACUACUGUGGUGGAGGGAGGAGGGGGUGGAACGACGAAGCUGCCGUGUCCGGAUGCGUAUGGAGCGUUGAUUGGAAGUAUUCUGGUGUGUGUCUGGAUGCAAUUUUUGGUGGCGUUGAUUCCGGCAAAGAUUUUGAAACGCGUGUUUCCAGCGACAGUGACGGGGGUGCUGUUGCUGGUGUUGGGAGUGUAUCUGGUCACGACGGCUGGAGAGUCUUGGGGAGGCGGCUCUAGCUGUCUCGACGGUACAGGCAUUUACGCUCUCUGUCCGAAUACCAAUGCCCCCAAGCCAUUGGUCUGGGGCGAUCCCAAGUUUAUCGGUAUAGGCUUCUCUGUCUUCGCCACCAUCCUGAUCGUGGAGAUGAUCGGCAGUCCGCUGAUGAAGAGCGCGAGCAUCAUCUUCGGUCUUGCUAUUGGCAGUGCCAUCUCUGGCGCGACUGGGUUUUGGUCGGUCUCGGGGAUCGAACAAGCACCAGUGGUCACGUUCUUGUGGGUUGAAACAUUUAAACUCAGCGUUGAUGGGGCAUUGAUUCUGCCCCUCAUGAUCCUCUUCAUCUGCGAAGCUAUGGUCUGUAUGCCUUCGAUUGCCGCAACAUCAGAAGCUUCCGCCGUAGAGACCGAAGGUGAAAAAGCAAACACCCGGAUUCAGGGAGGUAUCUUAUGCGAUGCUCUGGGCAGUCUCCUUGCGGGUCUGGGAAUGACAAUCCCUAUGGUUUCACAUGCAGGCAAUAAUGGUGUGAUUGUGGUGACAAGCAACGCAAGUCGCAGAGCUGGUUACUGUGCGAGCGUAAUCAUCAUUAUAAUGGGGAUUUUUGGCAAAUUUGGUGCUGUAUUUGCCGCAAUGCCAAGUCCUGUGCUUGGUGGCAUGCAAACCUUUCUCUAUUCCACUAUCGCCAUUUCGGGUCUGCGAAUUCUAGCAACAAUUUCCUGGACUCGACGCAACCGAUUCAUCCUAUCAGCUGCAUUGGGACUUGGACUCCUCGAUAUUGUGGUUCCGGAGUGGUUUUCACAAGUGCUGGCCUAUCGUGGAGACAAUGUCAAUCUGAUGGGCUUUCUCGAAGGAGUCAAUCUGAUGGUCGAGACCCCUUUCAUCUUGAGUAUGAUCGUGGCAGUCUUCCUGAACACGAUCAUGCCCAGAGACAAGAGAGAGCCGCUGCUGUGAAAGAACGCAGGUGAGCGAAGGAAGGUAUCACGAGAUCCGGUAGGUACUUCAUAUCAUCCACGAUGAUAUGUAUCACUAGUGAUGCCUGAGUCUUCUGGUGCUCGCCCAUCGGGGAAGGGCAGGGGCUAUCAGACCUGGAAUGGCACCCUUUGUUUCCAGACUGUCUCGAAGGAGGAGCAGUUUCUCGUUCGAACAACCAUAGACAGUUCUCAUGGGAG